CCGGCCUUGAAAACUCCAUCUAUCUAUAUAAGUGAAGCUCUACUAUACACAUCUCAUCAACUACAACCCAUCCAUAUAUAUUCUUACCUAGCUAGCUACCUAUUACUUCGUAUUAAACAACAUACGUACAACCCCUUUGUUCCUAGCCAUAUCAUCCUAUUCAUCUUCAACAACAUUACACGUAAGUACGAAGAAUGGCGAGCACCGCAUCAACAUGGUAUUUGCUACUACUCCUUGCCUUUAGCUUCAUGCUUCUUACGGAGGCUGCCCAGCAAAACGUUUCCCUGACUUUCGUUGAUCAUGCCGUUGAAAAGGGCGCUGUUUGCUUGGAUGGGUCUCCCUCUGUAUACUAUUUUGACCAAGGAGAAGGUCAAGGGCUGGACAACUGGCUCAUCUUUUUAGAAGGAGGAGGGUGGUGUUCAAACCAAAGCGAGUGCAAAGAGCGUUCCGAAUCAAAGUACGGUUCGUCUACACUGAGGGAUCAAUACAGGGACUUCGAGGCAUCUCUCCUCUCCAACGACUCACAAGAAAAUCCAAAAUUCUACAAUUGGAACCGAGUUUAUGUUCCAUAUUGUGAUGGAUCUUCAUUCACUGGAAACACGGAGGCCGCUGAUAGUGUUACAAAUGUAACCUACAGAGGCUUAAGGAUAUUUGAAGCGACAAUGGCAGAUCUGCUUGCCAAAGGAAUGGAACAAGCUCAAAAUGCACUGCUAAGUGGAAGUUCAGCAGGAGGAGUGGCUGCAUUUGUCCACUGUGACCGCUUUCGAGAUUUGCUUCCCAUCACUGCUCAAGUCAAGUGCCUCUCUCUUGCAUCCUAUUUUCUGCAUAUGGAUGAUUCAAUGGGAGGAGGAUAUUUCGAGAAUGCAUUUGAGGCGUUGAUUACCUUACAUGGAUCAACCGAAGCCUUGCCCUCCUUGUGUACUUCCAUAAUGAGCCGCCCCAGUCUUUGUUUCUUCCCACAAUACCUUACUUCUUAUGUGAAGACACCAACCUUCAUAGCCAUGUCAUCCUUUGAUCAUAUACAGAGACAAAGAGCAGAAUCACGGGCCAGCGGGGAUGGCGACGAACGUCCCCGGAGCAAGCCUGUGGUUAUCGGGGAAAACCCAGUGCACAUGGUGAAUAUCUAUAAAGGCCAGGCGACGAACAGCCGAUAUCCCUCAAGGGUCACUUGGAGCAAUCCAACUCACUUCCGGGGUGGACGAACGUCCCCACUGAUCCGGCGGGAAACCUAGAUUCUGGCGGGAAGUGCAUUUAAUGCUAAAGAUUUGGUAGUUGGGACACCAGCGGUCCACAGGCUGCCACGUCAGUACAGCCACCUGCCCAUUGGCGGGUAUAAAUAGAAGCAUUUAUUUCAUUGUAAAGGGUUGGCAACUUUCUAUUCUUAGCAUACUAGCUCCAGCAUUCUUACGAGUAGCAUUCCUAUCGCCUUGUAAGACGAACGGCCGACGUGCCCUUUUUAGCAAGUAGAUUGUACUUAGGGGAGUUAUUACGAAGUUAAUAAUACCUAUUUACAUUGCCUGCUAUUACUCUUGUUUCCUGAUUCAUCUGAUAGUUGUCGGGCUAGAUAACCACACAUCCACUCCAUUCGAAACCUUUGGGCUUACGUGUUGGGUCCACGGGUUGAAGGAAUAAACCUCAACAAGAAGUUAUAUUGAGUAGUUUCUGAUAUAAAAUUUGUAGCUUUUAGCAUUAAUUACACAUAACAACUUAUGAGUAUUAUACUAAACAAAACUAAAUCGAAGAAACAACUUUUAUAAAAAAAUAAUAACAUUUUUUGUUAAGAUGUUUUUGGACACUAAAAACUACGGAGUAACAGUUACUAAUCAGCUCACAAAAAUACAUUUUCAACUAAUUUAUCAAACAUAGGCUUUAUGAAGCACAGUUAUACUUCCAUGAUAGAGCUUAAACUAGAUUUAACCUUGAUCUAUUUAGUUAGUUCUUCAAGAACAAUCACAUCCGAGCCUUGGUAUAAUUUUUUUAGGAUCGACUUACUAACAUGAAUCGGUACAUGAUAUCAGAUCUGAAAAGGAAAGAAAGAUAAGAAAAGAAAAAGGAUAAGAUAUGACUGAAAAAAGAUAUAAAAAAGGAUAAUAUAAAAAAAUAAUUAAUUAUUUCUUUUAAGAACACUAAUUGUAGAAUGAAAUAAAAAUUUAAUUGAUUAACGUACUACCAAAAAUUAUGUUUAUUAAAAAAAUGUGACUUUAAGUUGUUUUGAUGUUUUUUUAUUACUUGGUGUGAUUUCAGUCUCAUACUACACAUAUGAGACAUACCAAACCCUUAUUUAAAAAGAUCAGAAACUAGAAAAGACAUUGAAAGUUGCAAAAUAUACUUACAUAGACUAGACAUCUACACUAGACAUCCCAAUUCGGACUUCUGAAUAUUACAGAUCAGACUUAAACAAAACAAAUCAAACCAGACCAGAUCAGAUUAAUAGACUAGAUCAAGCAUACCAAAUCAUGAAACUUUAUCCCAAUUAAAAGCAUUAUUAGAAUGUUUUCACUUUGAUUACUUUCGAUCCUAGAUCAACCAAACUAGAGCAUAUCAGACCAUAUUAGACUUAAAUAGAUCGGAACUUAAUUAAGCAGAUUAGACCAGACAUAUAUCAAACCAUAUCAGUUGAGACGAGACGAGAUCAGACUAGACAGUUCAUAUUAGACUAGAUCAGACUAGAUUUAAAUAUACUAAAUUAGAUCAGAUUUGAGUUCAAUUAAAAAUAUCCGUACUCCUUUGUUUUAAUAUACAGUAACCAUUAUUUUUUUACUAAAAGUAAUCACGUCAUUCUAUUUUUAUCCACUCAUUUUUCAGUUUGAUAUUAUAUUUGAAACGCUUAUUUACGUAAAUACAUAAACAUUUUCACAUGUUUUAAAUUUUAUUUCUAAUGAUGAGCGACUCUUUUACUUUGUUAGAUAAGGUACAACCUGUCUCCCGCCCAUGAGACGUGUCUGCUAAAUUUUAAUUGCACAUUGGAACAGAAGAGAGCAAUACAAGAUUUAAGAUGGGAUUUGUUCCAAGCGCUGCCUAAAGCGCAUCCCUUUGUAAGAGGAUUUUGGUUUACUCACUGUAUUGCUCAUGAGUUGCCUUACAAUUGGAAUGAUGUGAAGAAAAUGGAAAGUAUCAUGGGCGAUGAGACACUCCCUCGAGUAUUUGAUGAUUGGUAUUUCAAUUAUCAGUAUCUCCAAGUCAUUGAUUCAUCGGAUGAACCAAGAAAUUGUUCUGACAUUGGAAUAAGCCCCACAUGACCAAAUUGAACGUUUAGCAUGAUAGGUGAUUAUAAACAUCUUUGUUGAGGAAAUCCAUUGUAACAGAGUUGUUAAAUUUCUUAUCAAUGCUACUUUGAGUAACAUCAUGAUAUCAUUAGUGAACUGAUUUAAAACUUGUGUCACUAUUGUAUUUUUAUGAUACUAGUCUGGGUUUCAAUUUUCAAAUAUUUAGGGAAUGUCCAUAAAUUAAAACUUAUCAAUAACGAGAUAUAGUGACC